AUACAUAUUUUUAAUUUGUGUCAAAUUAAAUUUAGGGGAAUGGGUUUAACAGGUAAGUUGAUAUCUGCAAUAGAAUUCAAGGCUGGUGGAGAUGUAUUCCAUGAACUGAUCAGGCACAACCCACAUCAAAUUACCGAUAUUACCCCUGAGAAAGUACAGGGAUGCGAUCUGCAUGAGGGUGAAUUUGGUCAUGUUGGUACUAUCGUCAACUGGAGGUACACAUAUGAUGGUAAAGAGAAGACGGCGAAACAAGUGAUCCAAAAGAUAAACGAGGAACAAAAAUUGGUACAAUUCAAAACGUUCGAAGGAGAUUUAAUGGAAGUAUACAAAACUUUUCUAGUAACAUUCCACGUCGAGACUAAGAACGAUAUCGAUCUGGUGACGUGGACCUUCGAGUACGAGAUGCUGAGCGACGACGUCGUUGAGCAUCCUAUCGCUAUGCUCUCCUUCGUAAUCGAUGUCACCAAAGAUAUCGAGACGCAUCAUGUUGGGAAAUAAUUCAUAACGUUGAAUUUAUAUUGUAAUUUUCAUAUUGUAUAUAUAAUAAUGGUGUGUGUGUGUGUGUUGUGCCAAGUUUGAAGUACUCUAAUAUUUCUAGUAUUCGCGGGUAAUGAGUUUGUAUUAUCUCAUUAAUUAAUAAUAAAUAAAAUCCUUUUUAAGCAUUGUUAUAA